AUGGCUACUCCGUCUACAAUCGAAGAGAUCCAAACAUAUAAGACCCAAUUGAAUGAAUUUUUAAGUAAGAAAUUCAUCGAUCAAUCCUUGUUACUCGGAUUUAAUAACGUACUUCAAUCAAAGUUUCAGACCUUGAUUUUAUCGGAUUGUAAUGAUUAUUACGAUAACUUAAAAGCGUACGAGAGUCUAUCAGAAAAUGAUGUUCCAAAUAAUCAGCUUGACCUAGAAUUCAGAACAAUCAAAAUAUUUGAAAUUCUCUGGACCGAAUUCCAUUAUCCUAUUAUCAAGUUUUUUCAAUUUCACCAUGCCACGUAUUAUAAUGACUUCAGUAAGAAAUUUCUUGACUCUAAUGGAAAGGAUAAGUCUUUGAAGGCGGUAGAGAUCAGAAAAAUCAAUGAUAACUUUAAUAAAUUCAUGAAACAAGUUUAUAAUUUCUACUUCACAUUAUUGAAACACUUCUCAACCCAUUUCCUGAACCCAUUGAUUCCAGAGACAUUCUUAGCUCACUUCAACUUUGUUAUUCCAAAUAAUGCUAUCAAGACAUUUAACGCUAACUUACAAGCAAACUUAAUAUUCCUAGUUCACAGGUGUCUAUUGUCGUUGGGAGAUAUAUCUCGUCAUAGGUCAUUUAUGGAACUCUCAUAUGUUAACCCAUGUUUGUCAAUUAAGAAUUUUUGGAAGUAUUAUCAUUUAUCAAACCUGUCUAGCAAAGAUAAGGUUUCGCUAAUGAAGCCAUUGUAUGAGAAGGCAUUGAACUUCUAUAGGUUUUGUAUAUUACUUUUACCAGCACUCAAUGAGCCAUAUAAUCAUAUCGGAAUGAUCUACAAUUUAAUGGAUAAUAAAUACGAUGCUUGCUACUGGUUUUUGAGAUCUCAAUUUACAAGACUUCCAGAUUACAAAUUAGGAUUAACCAAUUUGAAUACAAUUUUACGGAAAGACUGGUUCAUCAAUAAUUUGAUUUCUUUCAAUUAUCCAAAUAAGAAAAGCAAAAUUCCUGUAUCGAAAAUGGACGAAUUAAACAUAACUCUUAUCUGUUUGAUAUGUUAUUAUUAUAUUCCCGAGUAUUAUCACCAGUCUAAUAACACUAUCAUUAAAAACAUCAAGUAUUCAAAAAUUGAAGGAGACUUUUUUAAAAAUUUAGUUGAUUCAUUUGAUAAAUUCAUUCGUAAAUAUGAAGAAGAAGAUUUAAAUUUCUACGUUAAGCAACUUGUGGUGAUUAUGUCGUUUAAUAAACUUCUUGAGCUGCGUGAUGACAAGUCAGCAUCGGAGCAAUUCAUUAAGUUUACAUUUCGCUACAUAAAUAAACUUUUAGAAUCAUGCAUUUCUGUUGAAAUCGACUUUCAAAGUAAAAGAGUUGUUUUGAUUAUUUUAAGGUUAUUAUUUAAUUGGUUUAAAGAAAACAAGGUUGUCCUAAGAAACUUACAAGCUAGAAAAAGCGUUAUGGUGAGCAUAAUCACGUUGCUAAAUAGAAUUACUUCUGAUAUCUAUGUUAAUGAUUCACUUAGUCAAGAUAUUAAUCGUGAAAAAAUAUGCGACUUAAUUAAGUCUAAUUCUAGGCCAGUGAGAGAUUAUUACUUCAAGGAAGAUGUCUACUUUAGAGAUUUCCUGAUUAUUAAGUUCCAAUUCAAGGAUUUUAAAGAUGAUCAUAUUUUUGCAUCAAAUAAUAUCAACUUACUUGUUGGAGAUUAUACAAGUUUAAUAGAUACAGACACUUUUGUGCCAUCAUUUUUGGACAAUGAUUUGUAUAAGCAAUUAAUUGAAAACAACAAAAGCAAUCAGAAGAAGAGCCAUUCCCAUAUGGAAAAGAGUGAUAUUCUCGAUAUUGAAAUUAUUCAUUAUGAGAAUAACUUAAGAUUAAAAUCAGUGAUUUUAUUAAGUAAGAAGUUGCUAGAAUGCAACCCUUAUUGUAUCGCAUUUGACUACGAAGAAGGUAAAUUUGUCGUUAGCGAUAAGACUUCAGAAAAUGUAGAAGUUAAAUUGGAAGUCAAAGACUCUCAGGAUAAAGAUAGAAAAGUUUCUGAUCAAGUUGGCAAGCCUAAUGACAAAUUUCAAACUAAGAAGAAAGAAGGCAAAGUUAAAGCUGAUAGAUCUGGAAGAGAUAAACAUCAACAUAAAACCUUACCAAAGUCAGAAAGCAAAAAGGAGAAGAAAAGCGUUCAAGUUGAGAAUUCUUUAGACAAUAUAAACACAAAAGAUCAAGAAGCAAUUCAAAUUCCUAAUACUCUUCAAGAGCUUAAUUCUUUUAUUCUCAGUCAUUCUUCUCAGUUGCAAGAUAGCUUGUUGCAAAAUCCUAGUGAUAAAUCCAUUGCGGUCAAUUCGAGUACAGAUGAUAUUUUAACUCAAGACCCACAAAGGGAAAAUGGGCUUAAGAAUAUGGUGGAUUCGUUAGUGCUUGAAUCAUCUAAUAGUGAACCAAAGAGUGUCAAUUCCAAUACACCUAAUAUUUGGAAGAAUGGAAGUGGUAAUGAAGUUAUUAACUCGGGAACUCCAUCCCAAUCGUUCAAUAUGUUGAAUUCUACUUUUUCUAAUACAUCUGUAGCCAAUGAUCAACCCAUGUAUGGUGGGAUCCCAAUGCCAUCCCAACUACCUCAAGGAACACAUAUCUCGCCUAAUUAUUCCCAAGUAUUCCAGCAGCCUUAUCCGCAAUAUUUUAAUCCAUUCCCAACUCAGUAUCAACAGGGAAACAGCACACCUUACUAUCAAGGAGCAAACGACCGUUUCAUGCCAAUGUCUUCGCAGCUGCUGUUACAUUCAGUACCACCUUCGCUUCAACAACAGCCAUUGCAAGCUUCAACCCAAUCGCCAAUGCAAGCGGCAACAGCAUCGCCAGCACCUGCAUCAGUAUAUCCGCAAUAUGGACAAUUUUAUAACCAGUUUAUGGGACCACCACAACAUAUGCAACCUCCUCCUCCACUUCCGCAACAACAACAACAACAGCAACAGCAACAGCAACAGCAACAGCAACAGCAACAGCAACAGCAACAACAAUCUGAUCAAACUUCCAAUCAGUACGGAAGCACCCCAUAUCCUUCCUGA